AUGCGGGAGAGGCUUGCGAGCGCUCUGGGCGAGGUACGGAAACGCUAUCCGGACCUUGACCCGGAUACGGAUUCCUACCUGGAAGGCAUCAUUAUUGAGAAUGGAGAACACUUUGAGUCAAUUGAUGAAGUUUAUGAAGCAAUUGGUGGAUUUCUUGAAAAUCUGGGCGGUAACAGGGAUGCUCGUCGGUGUUGUACAGACGUUUACAAUAUUAUUCAUCCGAAUGGGCAUGUCACUACUGAGGAGCGAUUAGACGAGCCAGUUCACAUGGCUGUACUAGUGAACAACUUCAAUGAACGUGUCAUAGAUACUGCAAGUAUUUGGAUGGCUAAGCGUGAGGUCACCAGUAACAUCGAUGCCGCAAAAUUGGCCAAAGCAGAGGCACGUUCUCGGGAGAAACAGGCUAAAAAACUGCAAAACAAUGACGCUUUAUCUUCAAAGCAAUUGGAAUCGGCUUGUGUUAGUCAACAACCAGAUCGGAAAGAAAAGUUCUCGACUACUGGAACGUCAAAGAUUGUCGACUUGCACAUUGAAAAUUUCGAUAUUUCAUUUGGAAAGCGAGUCCUUCUACGAGACGCCAAUUUGCAUCUUUCUUUCGGCCGUCGGUAUGGCCUUAUUGGGCGCAAUGGAAGUGGGAAAACUACGCUUCUUCGAGCUUUGGCAAAUGGUGAUCUUCGAUUGCCUCCAGGUCUAUCUGUUCUCCAUGUGGAACAGGAGGUGAUGGGCGACAACACCCCAGCCAUUGAAAGCGUCCUUCAGGCAGACACGAAACGUUCAGCCCUCAUGGCUGAGUUGGCCAAGUUGAAGGAAGGACAGGAGAAUGACGAGACGUCCUCUCGUCUCGCCCAAAUUUUCGACCAACUUGUCGCCAUUGAUGCCGACAGUGCACCUGCCCGCGCAGCUUCUAUCCUUCAUGGUCUCGGGGUAGAAGCCCAAAUGCAAAACCGCUCCACAAAGGAAUUUUCGGGUGGUUGGCGAAUGCGAUUGGCUCUGGCCAGAGCUCUAUUUGCUAAGCCCGAUCUCCUGCUUUUGGACGAACCCACCAACAUGCUGGACAUGCGUGCUAUGAUCUGGUUAGAGAACUAUGUUCAGACCUGGAAGGGCAUCAUGGUAGUGGUUUCUCACGACCAAGCCUUUCUCAAUGCCAUCGCAACGGACAUAAUCCAUCUCGUUGCGAAUCGUCUGGACGCCUACCGUGGCGACUACGACGCCUUCGUGAAGGCUCGUGAGGAGAGGCUGCUUAAUGAGGAGCGCGAGUACCUGGCACAGAAGGCUGAACGCGACCACAUCCAGACCGCCACAACAACCGUGGGUGGUGGAUGGGACGAAGUGAGGAGAAGUGGGGUCGGCGGGGUUCGCCCCAAUGCACCACAAUACGAGUGCUGCGAAUAG